AUGAGCACAGCACACGCACCCCGGCACUCUGCUCUGCCGACAACACCACGCUCGUCGUACUCGGUCAACGGCACACCGCGCUCCGCAGCGCGCCGCAUCCUCACAUCCGGCACACCCUCGCUCCGCCAGUCUCUCCAUUCCGCAUCAGCCGCAGCUUCGACCUCGGCCGCCCCUCUCCAGCCCCUCCCACCCAUUGUAUCGCGCACGUACGCAGAGAAGAGCUAUGCCGAGGACGACGACCUGCGCGAGUUGAUCGCCGCAGACCGUUCAGCCGUCGACGACGCCGUCUCACUCAUGAGUUCAUCCCUCGAGACGUACAAGACUGCGCUCCUCGAGUCACUCGAGGAGAUUGGCGCCGAACGCAAGAGGCUCGAGAAGAUGACGCGCGAGUUGGGAGACGCGGCGAGGGAGAUGGUCAAGACUGUGCAGCGCGAGAAGGAGGAGAUGGACAAGGCGAGGGAGCUCGAGAGUGAGGUUCAGACGCGCGGGAGGAGCCUGGGGAUCCAGGUCGAGACGGCGCAGGCAGAGGUCCGCGAGAUCCAGUCGAAGCUCGAGGCUCGGCGAGACCUCAAGGCGAAGCAACGGGCAGCCUUUGCGAAGCAGAUCAAUCGCAACUCGGUCGAGCUCAGCUUCUUCGAGGAGAAACUCGGGCUGCGGAUCCGCGGCAAAGCCCGCGACGUCGUCUCGUUCAAGUUCCACAACAUUGACCCCGCCUCCUUCCCGCGCACCUUCUCCUUCGACCUGGACGCCUCCACCCCAACCUACUCCCUUCCCUCCCUCUCGCCGCCCUCGUUCCUCCCUCAAACCGUCACCCAACCGCUGCUCGACAAGCUCAACUCGUCGAGGGACUUGUAUGCGUUCGUGAAGAGCAUGAGGGGCGCUUUCGUGGAUGAGGUUGGGCUUGAGAAGAGGAGUUGGGCUAGUGAGGCUGAGAGGGAGAAGGAGAGGAGGAAGGCGAGGGAGAGGAGGGAGAGGGAGGAAGGGGUGUGA